GUGGUGUCUGUGCUAAUUUUGGCAGCCCCUCAUCAAAUCAGUUUAAAAAAUGAAAAAUGAAAACUAAGCAAUUCAGUUUAAAAAUAGAAAAAUUUAAAAACACAAACGAUUCAUUUAGACAGUAAAAAUAUUUAAAACCACAAACGAUUCAGUUAAGAAAUAGAAACAUUUAAAACCACAAACGACUUUGCAACCCGCCCUUAAAUCAACGAGAAUCACAAAGUCUCUAAUGCGCCGAACUCACACUCUGAACCGUAGCACGUAAUUUAAAAAAAAUGCUAAACAAACAACAAUAGGUAUAAUAUCGCAGUCACAACAAGCGGUCCACAAGGUAAGGAUAUUAACUCUUUAGGGACGUAGAAGAAACAUUCAUAAUUUAUAAUUAUGUCCUAUCAGCAGCAGGCAAAAGGAAAUGUGCGGCUCACUUUGAAACAAUUUUGCACAAAUCAAACAGACGAGUUUGUUGACUGUAUAGUAUGCCUUUUGUUGUUUGCCUUUUAAAGUUUUAGAUGAAGAAAAACGAAUUAACAAUUCUGUACGAAUAACGUAGUUCAUGUUUCUUUUAUUUUUUUAAGUGCCCCAAAGCAGGGCGUCUUCAAGCCUGGUGGAACCCGUAUCCCCAGUGAGUUACAACCGUCGAAUGUAAAUAAAGUAAGUAAAGAGUCUACUGGGAAACAUGUGAGCAAGCGUCACUUAAAUCACACGUGAAUUAGGCCUUGCCAACAAUGCGUGAGUGUGUACUGUGCUCACCAAGCACUCAAUCUGACACAAGCAAGAGAGUCGCUCCACAGUCCAGACAACACUGUCACAGAACCAACGUCGACGGAUUCCUCACGGCUUGGAGAAGCGUGCACCAGCAGCUUUGCUUCAAUCGUCAAAAUGGCAGACAGCAACCCAAGCCACAAUGACCCGGGAAACAAAGAGGACAGUCCUCAAGGUUCUGGCUCUCCCGAUAAGCUGCCAGAUCCAUCAAGUGCUUCCCAAGGAUCCCCAACAAACCCUCAGAACGCACCAAACAGUGAAAACGCCUCUCCUAAUAGUCAGGCCGCAGCAAAUAGUCAACGAGCUCCAGUAAAAGAAAAACAAAGCUCUCCAAAAGGUCAAGGAUCCCCUAAAGACGAAGUCAAAACGAAAGGCGACGGAGGUUCCCCGGAGGAUGGAAACGAGGCUAAAAGAUCCCAAGGAUCGUCUAAAGGAAGCUCCCCAGAGAGUCGAAACGAGGCUUCAAAAACUCAUAAAUCUUCAAAAGGAAAUUCCCCUGAAAGUCAAAACGAGACAAAAAAAUCUCCGGGGUCUACGAAAGGAAGUUCCCCGCAAAGUCAAAACGAAGCAAAAAAAUCUCCGGGCUCUUCAAAAGGAAGUUCCCCACAAAGUCAAAACGAAGCUAAAAAAUCUUCGGGCUCUUCGAAAGGAAGUUCUCCUGAAAGGCGACAAGGAUCUCCACGGAACCAAAGCGUCUCGACAACUGGAGGUCAACGGAGCUCUGCAAGAGAUAACAAAGGAACUGUUGGCGGAGAGAAGGCCUCCCCCAGCAGUGAGAAUGGUUCUGGCAACGGUAGUCGUGGUGAGUCCCGGACCUCGCAUCGAAGUGCCGCCCAGCAGCUCCGAAGGAAGUCCCCUGACUAUGGCGCCACCGCUGACAGAUCGGACUACGUGGCACAUCCUCCAAGCGAUGACAUAGAACCGCUGUUACAGGCAGAAGUGGUACGUGUUGAUUCGCCUCGUGACUCCCCUCCCUACCAGGCGUGGGGCAUGCGCUCGUCCUCCGCUCCUCUUGACAAAGCAUCGUCGUCGAAGGGCUCCCUCGAUACCAUAGAGGCGGGGAGCCGCAGACAUAGGAAGAAAGAAUGUCGAUAUGCGAACCUGCCCUGCAUGUGUGUGAAGUCCACCUUUUGCUCUGUUGGGGUGACCAUCAUCAUGGUCCUCUCAGUGGCCUUGCUUCUGUGCAUACAAUUCCUGAUCUUGCCGACGCUGAAGAGUCGGAUUAUACAAUCCUUGACCCUCCGAAACACAACAUCUGAAGCCUGGGCUAACCCCAAAGCGGAGACGUGGGUCAGCUGUUACUUCUUCAACGUCACGAACGCUGCACACAUCUCUGGCCGAGAUAGGUCCGUCAGGCUCAACGAGAUGGGACCUUACGUGUACAGAGUAAAGGUUGAGAAGACCGACAUUACGUGGAACGAUGACAACGGUACUGUAUCCUUCAGGGAAACCUUCACCUUCCACUUUGACCCCGAGAAGUCUGCAGGUUCUGAGGAUGACGUCAUCACGACUGUGGACGUGCCCACCGCGAUGGUACACACCCUGGCAGGCGUUGGGAGUGAUGCCGUGGACGCGUUGUUCUCGCUGGAUGGCCAGACCUUCCUCACGCGCACUGUGCGGGAGCUGCUUUGGGGUUAUGAAAGCGAGGUCCUUCACACAAUCGAGCGCAAGUUAAAGAAAGUCGACGUAUUCCAUCUUUUGACAGAUGUCAUUUCUAAUAUACCCACCACUUUUGGAUAUUUCAGUGGGAUGGCUCCAUGUUCUCCCCGUUUCCAAACAAGAACAGCAAGCUCACUCUCUUCAGUUCCCAACUUUACAGAGCUUUUGAUCUCAAGUUCAAAAAGUCCCUAAGCGAGAAAGGCAUUGGCUGUCUUCGCUAUGUCGUCCCAAACUCACAGUUCUCAAACACUACCAUGGCAGGGAACAUCACAGCAUCUUUUCUGAGCGAUGCAGCUGACGCAGCUGACGAUGGUUUCAGUCAUCUCAUAGAUGGCAGUAAGGAACUAGGGAAACAGAACAACUUUAUUCCCAGCAAAGCUCAUGGUACUCGUACUGAAGAAGACGGUCUGUGGAGUGACAAAGUGACAAAGAUAAACAAGAAUGACAAGGAUGAUAAUGAAGAGAAUGAUGAUGAGGAUGAUGAGGAUGAUGAGGAGAAGGAGGAGGAGGAUGAGGAUGAGGAUGAGGAUGAGGAUGAUGAUGAGGAUGAUGAUGAUGAUGAUGAUGAUGAUGAAAGUGAAGGGAAGAGAGGAGGUUUUUGUGUGCCAAAAUGUCUGCCGAACGGCGUUUACAGUCUGGAGUCGGUCAGUGAUGGAGCACCCCUGUACGUGUCCCUGCCACACUUCCUGGGCGCGGACCCCGUAUACUCCCACAGCAUAGAGGGAUUGUCCCCCAGCGAGGCGGCACACCGGCCCUUCUUUGACGUUGAUGACGUGACCGGGGUUCCAUUGAGCCAGCAGCGUCGACACCAGCUGAACGCGAGGCUCCCGGGGUACAGCGGCGAUGAGCUCGGCACAUUUGUGCCAUUAUUCUGGGUGGAUAGCGGAAACAAACUCGACGACGAGAGUGUGUCAAAGAUCAAAACUGCACACAUGACAUACCGCGCCCUUCAGACGCUGCUUCUGUUCGCCUUGGGACUUGCUGUUGUCUCGUGGGUCUUCAUCAUCGCUAUCAUUGUGUCACGAAACUGUUCCAAAAAGGAGUGCUGAACCCCUCGCUGAAAGGUGACGCGUGUGUCGUCGAGGUCUCUGCUUACCUUGUUGCUCAAGUCUAACUUCGUGAACAGUGGUUUAGAGAGACCUGACAGAAGGUUUAGAGAAUUUUUAUGCUCACAUUCUUAUGCUAUUAUUUUUCUUUCGUUUCACAAAAGGACGAUUCCUGUCAAUCUGCAGUGUUUUCUUAUCACCUCAAAUCGCAUUCAUUCUAACUUUCAAUGAUUAUUUAUUGUGGGUUUUCUUUGAAUUCGAAAAUUAUUUGAUUGAAAUAAUUUAUGGAAGUUGCUUUUGCCGAUCGCUAUUUUUCCUUACAGCUGUAUAUGUAUAUAUGGAAGUUGUGACGUUGUGGUGGGUCGCUUGUUUGUGCCUUGUGUUUUCCCUGUCGAAGUCAUUACAAACUAUCGUAUGUUUGGAUAUUUGCACAGAUGGCCACAUUUGAUUUGUUGUAUGUACUUACUGGUAAACUGAAACGUUGUUUUUGUUUCCCGUUCAUCUUGUAUCUAAAUAGUUAAUUUCUAUUAAUCUCAGACUAGCCACUCUCCUUUCUAUCGUUGUAACUCCCAUUUCCACAUGAAAAAUAUAGCAGACCGCAAAUGAUUUAACAUGGUGUAGCGGGUGGUUGUAAGUCCUACUUCUUUACUAUCCCUCUGUUGUUUGUCUUACUUUUUCCCACCACUAAAUGAUCAUUGUUGUGUCGAUGUGGUUCUUUACUCAAGGAAAAGAAAUAACGUGGUAUAUACGCGCAUUUUUAUUCUAUAUAGCAUUGAUGAGUCGUUUUCUGGGACACCGGAAAUGGACUUAGCAUGGAUGUUUCUAGCGGAGAUUGUUGAAGAGUGCGGUGUUACACUCAUGUCUUUGAGUCAAAGGUCAAAGUGCUGCCAGCAGAAUUUGAUCACAGUUGCAUAUUUGACUGUUAUUUGACGUUUCUUCCCCAUUAUGUUCUACUGACAAACACUUUUGUCAGAUUUCUAUGCCAAGACGAAACAACCUUACGUAAUAUGCUUUCUAAAUGUCUCGUUAACGUCGAAGCUGAACGCAGAUUUUGAAGCUUAAAAAUGCUUGAAGCCUCGCUAGAUCUGCUUUGUUAUGAAUAAAAAUAUUUAUAUAUUUCAA